AAAUACACAUCUCCCUGGUUGUUAGUCAAGUAGGCUAAUGAGAGUGAAAAUGCUCAUAUUCGCCCUCAGAGAUGAAAUCCUGCUGUAGGAUGAGAAGCUCGUUUCUUGCGCAAAGCAGCGUUUAGAAGGAAUGCUGGUCAUUUGUGCCUUUUCCAUUUCGAGUAUUGCGCUCUGUUCAGCCUUGUUGCACUGAGACUUCUAAAAAGAGCACAGAUUUUCUUUUGAAUUAUAAGUGGACUCAUCUCGCCGCAAUCUGAAGGCAAAACCUUGCAUUUUGGAGAGGUGGUGUAAUUAAAUUCAAAACUGUCAUUAAGCUUUCCAAAUCCAAUAUAUAUUUUUUUGCAGUGCGCCUAAUGCUGAAGUCAUUCUCCGUUCCACACAGCAGCAACCAAGGACAAGAGAGCAUCAGCAGAGAGAGGGGGGAAAGAGAAGAGAGAGAAAGGUGCCUCCUCUCUCGCCAUUGCGAUAAUUGUCUCGGCGCUGAAUCGAUGUCGGUGCAAAUGCUGCUCUAACGGGAGGCGAUAGGAGCUGGAACGGAGGAGCGGGGGAUUUAACUUCACACACGGACCAAACCUAUGCGUGGAUUUCGGUUCUUUUUCCCUUCGCCAAUGCAAAAGGAAAUAUGCAGCGAAGCUUCACCAUCCUCUACACCAGUUUACUGGGGAUGUGCUUGGGUUCAAGCUCAAGUUUUCCAAGUAACAUCAAUAUAGGAGGAUUGUUCCCAACCGAAUCGCACGAAUAUGAGGUUUUUCGCUUCGCCCUGUCUCACCACCAGGACAUCCCCAAACUGGUGCCGCAGGUGGAUAUGGUCAAAAUGGGGAACAGCUUCUCCAUGACAUAUGCCUUUUGCUCCCAGUUCUCCAAAGGUGUGUACGCCAUCAUUGGUCUGUAUGACAGGAAGACGGUCAACAUGCUCAUGUCCUUCUGCGGGGCGCUGCACGUCUGCUUCGUCACGCCGUCCUUCCCCAUCGAGACGGCCAACCAGUUCGUCAUUCAGCUGAGGCCUGAGCUGCAGGACGCUCUGGUGGGAGUCAUCGAACACUACGCAUGGACCAAGUUUGUCUACAUGUACAGUUCUGAUUCAGGCCUGUCAGUGCUGCAGAAGGUUCUGGAUACAGCAGCAGAGAGGAACUGGGUUGUGACCUCGGUCAAUGUGGAGACCAUGACAGAGGCCUCCUUCUUGAAAGUGUUCCAGGAUUUGGACAAGACGAAGGAGGGCCAAAUUAUCAUCGACUGUGAGACUGAGAGACUCACUGGAAUACUCAGAAAGAUUGUGGAACAAGGAAAGAAUGCAAAGAGCUACCACUACAUCCUGGCCAACCUGGGUUUCCUGGACAUCGACCUGACAGACCUGAGGAAAGGCGGCGCCAACAUCACCGGCUUCCAGCUUGUCAACAACUCCGAGCCGGGUGUGAGCCGCGUCGUUCAGCAGUGGAUGGAGUUCGAUAAUAAAGACUCCAAAGUGCCCAGAAGUGGACUCAAAUACACAGGCGCUCUUACAUACGACGGGGUGAAAGUUAUGUCCACGGCCUUCCAGAAUUUGAGGCGACAGAGGAUAGACAUCUCUCGCAGGGGCAACGCUGGAGAGUGUCUGGCCAACCCUCCAGCUCCCUGGGGGCAGGGCAUAGACAUCCAGAGAGCCCUGCAGCAGGUCCGUAUAGAUGGAUUGACCGGUCACAUUCAGUUUAAUGAGAAAGGCCGCAGAACCAACUACACCGUUAGCGUCAUGGAGCUGGCCCCCUCCGGACCAAAGAAGGUCGGCUACUGGAACGAAGAUGAGAAGUAUGUGACCACAGCCAGCUUCAUGAGAGGCAGCAACGAGACCUACGGGUUACAGAACAGAACUUACAUAGUCACCACUAUCUUGGAGUCUCCAUAUGUCAUGCUGAAGAAGCACCACGAGCAAUUUGCGGGGAAUGAAAAGUACGAGGGCUACAUUGUUGAGCUGGCUGCAGAGAUAGCCAAGCAUGUGGGCUACCAGUACAAACUCAAGGUUGUCUCAGAUGGCAAGUACGGAGCCAGAGAUCCCGAAACCAAGAUGUGGAAUGGCAUGGUUGGGGAACUGGUGUAUGGGAAAGCAGAUGUGGCUGUAGCUCCACUCACUAUAACUCUGGUCCGUGAGGAAGUGAUCGACUUCUCCAAGCCUUUCAUGUCCCUGGGCAUCUCCAUCAUGAUCAAGAAACCCACCAAAUCCAAACCAGGCGUGUUUUCCUUCCUGGACCCGCUGGCUUACGAGAUCUGGAUGUGCAUUGUGUUUGCCUACAUUGGGGUCAGCGUCGUCCUCUUCCUCGUCAGUCGGUUCAGCCCGUACGAGUGGCACGCUGAGGACUACGAGGAGGGAGGGGAACCCCAGUCUCCAACCCAAGCGUCCGCCACCAACGGGGUGCAGCAGGGCCAAACACCGGCGCAACAGAACACCAACCAGCAGAGUCCAGAGCAGACCAAUGAGUUCGGCAUCUUCAAUUCCCUUUGGUUUUCACUCGGCGCCUUCAUGCAACAGGGCUGCGAUAUCUCACCACGCUCUCUGUCGGGCCGCAUCGUCGGAGGCGUCUGGUGGUUCUUCACCCUCAUCAUCAUCUCGUCUUAUACUGCCAACCUGGCUGCCUUUCUGACUGUGGAGAGAAUGGUGUCUCCUAUAGAGAGCGCCGAGGAUCUGGCCAAGCAGACGGAGAUCGCCUAUGGAACGCUGGAUGCAGGCUCCACCAAAGAGUUCUUCAGGAGGUCGAAGAUUGCCGUGUUUGAGAAGAUGUGGUCCUACAUGAAGUCAGCUGACCCGUCCGUGUUUGUCAAAACGACAGACGAGGGCGUAAUGAGAGUCAGGAAGUCCAAAGGGAAGUACGCCUACCUGCUGGAGUCCACUAUGAAUGAGUACAUAGAGCAGAGGAAACCCUGUGACACUAUGAAGGUUGGAGGGAACCUGGACUCUAAAGGUUAUGGAAUUGCCACACCCAAGGGCUCCCCUCUCAGAAACCCAGUAAACCUGGCAGUGUUAAAACUGAACGAGCAGGGCCUCUUGGACAAAUUGAAAAACAAGUGGUGGUACGACAAGGGAGAGUGCGGCAGCGGGGGCGGGGACUCCAAGGACAAGACGAGCGCUCUGAGCCUCAGCAACGUGGCGGGAGUCUUCUACAUCCUGAUCGGAGGCCUGGGCCUGGCCAUGCUGGUGGCGCUGGUGGAGUUCUGCUACAAGUCCAGGACCGAGUCGCGCCGAAUGAAGCAAUCCAUCAACGACGCCAUGCGCUGCUCCACCCUGACCAGGAUGAGUGGCAACGGGAGCGGCGGAGAGAACGGACGAAUCCUCACCCACGACUUCCCCAAGACCGUUCAGACGCUGCCCUGUAUGAGCCACACCGCCAGCAUGGGACUGGGUGCCUCUGCAUGUGAUCACCAUAACUGUGCUUGCGGCGAUAGUGGGACAGGCAGGGUGGGGCAGGAGAAGAGCACAAGACUCUAUUCACCUCAAAAAUCAUGGCUGUCCGGUUUGACCCAUCAGUUCUCCUGGCUGUCAGCGCGCCCGACUUGAACAAGACUAAACUUACUGCCAAAAUGCACUCUCGAACCGCUCCUUACAAACUUAUGAACUAUGAGACUCGCAACAUUUUUUUAAUGAGUGGAUGUUUGCAAAAGAAAUACCGCAAAAAGAAAGGGAAAUGUGCUGCAAUAAAGAAGCCGGGGCGUGUUUUUGAAUUUUUUACAGUGUUCAUUUAUGUGGGAAAAAAAAAACGAACUUUAUUCUUCAGUGUGACGCCUGCGCUGUGCCAUUUCAAUGGAGCUGUUGACGUUAGUCUGCGUGUGCAAUAUCUUCGCCUCCACUGCUGACCUUGUACUGCCUAGAUGCUUUCUGACGGCUGAUGGAACGUGUCUUUGCACAGAUGUGGCUGAGGAGGGCAAACACUUGUGACUGCUACGAUGAUUUGAUAUUGUUUUUUGGGACAUUUCCGCUCUCCUUCACUCUCACAUUUACACGCCAUUUCGGAAGGGACAAAGUGCUCUGUGUAGCAUAGCCAGUUUUCAUGAGACAGUAUAUGGUUUACACUGAUGUAGAAGAGCUUUGUUAUGAGUAGAUGGAUUCGAUUUUUCUUGAGGGUUUAAUGCUGUUGAAGCCAGCACUUGACCAGGCUACAAAAAAACAAAACAAAAAAAAAAAAACAUGCAUUGCUGCUACACCUCAUUUAACACGUCAUGCCUUGUCUUGGUGCCAUAUGACCAUUCUCACAAAAGCACGCAGAUACACUGUACUGUACACUUGUUGCUACUACGUCAUGUGUGUGGCCAACUGAUGCUGAGUUCUAGCUCUUACCGAUCACAAAAAGCAGACAGUGGGCCAAGAAAACACACAAGCACACUAUUCUGUGGCUAUGUACAGUACAGAGUGACCUUACACUGUAUUCUACUGUUGUGACAUUCAUAGCAUAUCCAUCAGUAUACUAAGGAGUCUAUUUGCUGCCCAUGUCGAAGAGCAAAAAUUGACAGAUUUCGGUAGAAUAUUCCUCAAACUAUUGUUAGAGCCCUUGCUGCAUAAUUCACACACUCCUGAUGUAUUUUCAGCUGUAUUCAGUUUUAAUGAAAUGGGCAGUGCAGCCAUUCCCUCUCAAUUUAUUGAGAGUGGCAUAUCCCCCGCAGAUUGUGUGUGGCCUAUAAAGGGAAAGUUGGCCUCCUCUCACUGUUGCUAGGAAGGAAGCGAAAUUGAAGCACACAUGCCGACUGACAGAUUUACAGUCACUAUUAUCUGUCUUUAUUGAAAGUCAAGGUUAUGGUGAUCCACUGCGCCGCUCGGAUGUGCGCUUUUCCCUUUCAGAUCACGUCAAGUAAACAGAAAUCAGAGUGACAGGCCCUGGACAGUAGAGGGCAGAGAUGACAAAGGGCAAACAGCCCGGAUUUGGCAUGUACGCCUUAAAGGAAAAUUUCCAAAACAUUAUAGUUCUUUUAAUAGAGAAAUGACUAGUGGUAAUGUACAUUGCAUUUCUUGGCUCAGCGGAGUAGUUUAUGUUUCUAUUGCUGAUUUGUCAACAGCAGAAAAAUAAGCUCAGCUAAUUCUGUGAUUUUGCAUUAAAAUAUGUCGUGAAAGGAUCAGGAAAAUAAAGCUAGCCGGAUUUUUUUCUUCUUGUCAACAGGUCCCAUGAAAGUACAUGUUAACAAUGAGCAUCUGCUUAAGCCUUUUUGUUUUAAUCAAUCUGCUGCAUAUUUUCUAUGAAUAAUUCCAAUACCCUUUUUUUAAUCAGUGCUUUUUUCAGUUGUAUCAUGUAGGCAGGAUUAGGGUGUUGUCACUUGCAUUUCUAAACAUUUCAGUCAAUUUUGUGCUGACAGUUGUUGAGUCAUUAGUGCUAGACAAAUGUAAACCUCCAGGGCUGAAAAUAUGCAGCCAGCAUAAAAGUGCCAGAAACUGCAGUUCCUCAAAUGUCCACUUGAGGCUGGCUCUAAAUCCUGUAGACUUCCAUGUUAAACUGUUCAAUUUUAGACCAGAAAUUAAUGUGUUUAUAGCCUAAUACAACAACCAUUUCGGACUCUGUAGCUAAUUCCAUGUUCAUGCCAGCUGUACAGGAGGUACAUUUUCUACAUAACUCACCAGUUUACAUUGGAUUAAGGCUUAAAGUUAUGCAUCAAUAAGGAAGCGACUGUUUUUAGUGACAGGUGGGUCCCAUCACAGGACAGUACAUGGCCCAGAAAUAAUUGUACAGCUUCAUUCACACGGCAUCUUUUUGCUUAUUUUUGAAUUAGCUAUGAGAAUUUCAAUACUGCUAGUGGGAAAAUCUUUAGAGGCUUUCAUUGCCGGUUUGUUCAUGUUUAUACAGUCAACAAUUCAAGACUACUGUCAGUAAAAUCUGAUCAAACCAAACCCUUAAAAUUGUAUUUUUAUUGGUAGAUGAAGGUCAUUUGUCUGAAUAUUUCUGUUGAAGAAUAUUAGGUGUCCAUGUUCAUGUUAUAAAUUUAGCUACUUAUCAAACAAAUAAGCUGCAGUACAUCAGGCUUCGACUUGGUUAAUUACUUAUUUAUAGAUCAGUUCAUUGCUUAGUUUCAACUUUCAUAGGAUUUGUUGACAAAAAAAAUAUCAAAUGAACAAAAAUGUACUCUCUCCACCCUAAUCCUUUCAAGUCUUACAGGUGAAAAUUGUCAAUGCAGGAUAGAAACCAAUAAGCGUCUCACAGACAGAAGUUCUAUAAAGGGUACAUUAUGUGCCUUCUGCCAGCACGAGCAUCUUUACCUCUUACCUGUCGCUUUUUCUCUCUCCACCUGCACAAAUAAUCCACUCGAGAGAAGAGCAAUUUCAUGUCCCUGCAUUGUCAGAAGGUGUUCAAGAAAAUAUUGGAAAUUCUCAUGUUUAAGCAGCUGAAGCAGACUGAGGGGGAAAGUGGGUUUUGUAGGAAGGACAAAUUGCAGCAAACGUCUUGAAAUGCAUGGAACAUCAUCAGCAUCACGCAGGCUUAUUAUCCAGCGUGUGUCCAAGAGUGUGAUUUUACUUUAAGGUGACCAGAAGGUUGUUGCUUGAAAUGAGAUUUUUGCUGCUGUCGGAUGCCAGAGGUCAGCUUUAGAUUAUGUACCGCGCACUCUAGCUGACCUCUCAUAUCACAGCAAAGGCCAGGCGCCUGUAUAAAGGCAGCACUCAUCCUCUGCUUUCAUAACUGGUUGUGUAUUAUUUUUAUUCUCCUCUGAGUUUCUGCUUUAAAAAGAAAAACAAACAAAAAACAUUGAUGGUACCAAAUCUAAUUGUAUGACCUCUCAUUCCUCUACAUCGUCAUACAAGCAAGAAUAGUGGGCAGUGAGAGUUUACUGAAACCAGACAUAUCUCCACCUGUUUAUGUAUAUAAAAAGGAUUUUUCUCUUCCCCAGUGAAAAUGUUUGUUCUCCUUUAAAAUCAUGCCUCAGUGUACCAGGAUUAAUUACCUGCCGAGUGAAUACUUUUAUUUUCCUCCUUCAUAUGCGUCUUCUUUUGCUGAUGAUGUAUUAAUUAGUACACAGCACAGCACUCUUCAGUGGAGGCUUUACCUUGGAAGAUAUGUUUUAUAUGCCAUAGCAAGAUUUGUACAAAACAAAAUUUGAAAAAAAGGACACUCGGUGUUUGUAUUAUAAAGGGUGCAAUGAGAAGUGGCACUUUGAAGAGUAGAAAAAGUAAAACACACACACACACACACACACACACACACACACACACACACACACACACACACACACACACACACACACACACACACACACACACACACAUACACUGAUGUUGAAUAAUCCGUAGACGCUAAUGUUGUUUAAAGCCAGUUUUGAGUUGAUUUUAUUUCAAAAAAGCUGUUGGUAUUUUUUAAGUGCUUGGAAUUUAACACCAUGUGAAUAUUUCUUGGUUGUUUUCCUUUUUCUUUUCUUUUUUUUUUUCCACAGUAAUUUUACAACUGGAAUCUAAUCUAUCACAGUUUGUUUACCAGAAACAUAAUUAUUAUUGUAGUUUUUUUUUAACUUCGGAAAGGGUGUCACUGAGUUUUAAAAAUUAAAACGAUGGUCAGUAAAUGGGUUCAUAGUUUUCAAAAACCUAUAUAUAUAUAUAUAUAUAUAUAUAUAAAAGAAUACAACUAUUAGGAAUCAGACUUUUGAGAAAUCAACUUUUUUUUCUAACCAAAGUGUCCUGGAAGGAAGUCAUCAUGCUUUUGUAACCGAAUAAAGGAAUAAACUAUG